AUGCUGCCGACGGGGGAGCAGCAGCAGCAGCAGCAGACCAGACGGCAUCAAGACAACUGCUAUUACUGCUGCUGGCGGCCCUGGGCUCGUGCAGACGUCGCCCGGCGGUGCAGCGCAGCCAGAAACACGACAAUGCCCUGCAGCAUGGCUGCACAGGCGCCUGCAGAUCCACCAUGGGCGAUCCGUAACUAUGGCGGACAGGUUUCAACACCCUGGACUGAGCCCAUCGACAGCCUGCGCCGGCGUGGCUUGGGCAACUCUUCCUUUUGGCCCUCACCCGCCCUAAUGCCCUCCCAAUGUAGCCCUAGUCCUCUUGCACCAUCCCAAUCCCCUCCCGUCAAUCUCCCUCCCCAACCAGGUCGACAACUCUCUCUGUCUACUAGCAUCGCCGACCAAAACAACACUCCCACUCCCACUCCUACUCCCACACACACCCCUCCCACCCUCCUCCCCACCCACUACGCCCUCGCAAGGACCUCUUCCGGUAGCCACUCUAGGGCUCCCGUGAACCUGCCUCAAGCUUCUGCCCGUCGACGUGACGCUCCACGCCCGCACGGGCGCCAGUGA